AUGGACACACAUCACCCCUCCACGUCUACCCAGCAAACCCAGGAUAAGACAACACGGCCAAGUCGAUUCAACAAUCUACGCACUCUAGCCGACAUCCGCAGCUCGAACGGCUUUUUCCCCAAACUGCUCAACUUCUUCCGCCAGACAUGGCUUGACUGGGCCGGGCUUGCAGCAGUGGGCAUCUUGACCGCCGGUCUCUGGACCGUGCACCCAACGCGUGUCCGCUACUUCCCCAUCACCUUCUCCAGCUCAGGCGACAUCGUCUAUCCAACCCUCGCCUACCCCUACGUCUCUCCAAUAUUCUCCGCCGCAGCAGCCGGUCUGCUUUGUGCCCUCCUCCCCAUCGCCGUGAUCCUCCUCUGCCAGAUCCGACCCCUGCACCCGGGCCACCGCAGAUUCGAAGAUGUCUCGUCCGCGCUCCUCGGGCUCGCGUUUUCGUUGGUUACGGGCACGUUCUUCCAAGUGGUGCUCAAGAAGUCAAUUGGUGGGUUCCGGCCGCAUUUCUUGUCGGUCUGUAAACCUGUCAUUGAUGGGAACAGAGUUCCGGCGGUGAGGGGGGCUGGAUUCCAAUCCGUGAUGUACACGUCGGAAGUCUGCACUGGGGAUGCGGGCAAGAUCCAGAAUGCGAUGGAAUCGUUCCCGUCCGGCCAUGCUGAGAUCGCUUUCGCGGGCCUGCUCUAUCUUGCUAUCUAUGUGAAUGCGCAUCUUCGUGUCUUCUCGUUCUCGGCAACGCUCGUGAGCAGGCGGCCCAAGUAUCUGAAGAUGCUGGUUGUGAUUGCGCCGAUUUUAUUGGCGACGUAUCUGGCUUCGACGUUGGUGUUGGGCCACCAUCAUCAUGCAUAUGAUGUUAUUUUUGGAGGGUUGAUUGGGAGCGGGAUGGCGAUUUGGGGGUAUAAGAUGGCUUUUGUGAGUAUUUGGGAUGGGAGGACGAAUUGGGUGCCGUUGAGGUUGAGGGAGGAGGUGGAUGAGUUCAGUAUCAGCACGAACGCUGAUGGUGGUGUCCUUCCAACGAGGAGACCAGAAGCUGAGAGAGUAGUGUGA